AUGGACGCGAUGCUCCUGGAGCACUUCCCCGGGGGGCUGGACGCCUUCCCGUCCCCCUACUUCGACGACGAGGACUUCUUCACGGACCGGUCCUCCUCCCGGGACCCGCCGGAGGACGGCGACGAGCUGCUCCUGCUGGCGGCCGGGCCGGGGGCCGAGGCGGCGCUGCUGCCGGGCCCGGGGCUGCAGGACCGCCGCCCCCGCGACGGCGCGCGCCUCGCGCCCGCGCCCCGCGGCCCCGACGGCGCGGCCCGGGCUGGAGCGCCCCCUGGCGGCGGCGGCGGCGGUGUCGGCGGCGGCGCUUGCUGCGGCGGCGGCGGCGGCCUCCCCCGCUCCCCCGGGGCCUCCCCGCCGCCUCUGCCGCCUCUGCCGCCCGGGGCGGGUCCCGGCUGCCCGUGCUCCGGGCCCGGGGCUCCGUCUCCCGGCGGCGGGUCCGGGGCGGCGGGGGCGUCGCGGCGGCGGCGGCGGGGCCGCUCCGAGGCGGAGCUGCAGCAGCUGCGGCAGGCGGCCAACGUGCGGGAGCGGCGGCGCAUGCAGUCCAUCAACGACGCCUUCGAGGGGCUGCGCUCGCACAUCCCCACGCUGCCCUACGAGAAGCGGCUGUCCAAGGUGGACACGCUGCGCCUCGCCAUCGGCUACAUCAACUUCCUCAGCGAGCUCGUCCGCUCCGACCUGCCCCUGCGCGGCGCGGGGGGCGCAACGGGGGCCGGGGGCGACGGGGGCCCGGGCGCCGACGGCCCCGCCGGACAGGCCCGGAAGGUCAUCAUCUGCCACCGGGCCACCCGCUCCGCUUCUCCCAGCGACCCCGACUACGGGCUCCCGCCCCUGGCCGGUCACUCCCUUUCCUGGACAGACGAAAAGCAACUCAAGGAACAAAAUAUCAUCCGCACGGCCAAAGUGUGGACUCCCGAGGACCCCAGGAAACUCAACGUCAAAACCCCCUCGCUCAACAACAUCGAGAACGAACCGCCCCUGCCCUGCGCUUCUUGAGAGCGGUGGGGCGGGGCUGGACCCCUCGGGCCUCUGCUUGCGGGUGGGGACCAGUGUGUGCGUGAGUGUGAGUGCGGAUGUGUCUGUGUGUGAGUCAGUGCGUGCGUGGGCAUAGCUCUAUUAUAAAUGUAAUUUAAGAAGCAAAUUUUUCUAAAGGCAAUCAACAGUUUGUUAUUUAUCUAUUUAUUGCCCAGUAGACUGGAUGAACUCGAAUGGUCUUUUGUAAAAUGCAAAAUUUUAUCUAAUUUAUCUUGAUUUUGGUUUGUUUUUGGUUUUUUUUUAAAAAAAUAUGCAAUAGUGCCUAAUCCCUUAGCACCUUUCGGGAGUGCGCUCCUGCGAGGGGGCGGGGGGAAGACUUUCCCCUGAACCCGGACUGUCACUUAUUACCAGAAGACGGACGGGUCUUGCGCGUGGUCAAUAAAUCCGA